UGCUACCCCUCCCUGACAGCCCAGUGUUAUGGAUACUGUUCAUUCAGAUCAGAUCGUUACACAAUGCGUUGAGAUGGAACCUGCAGUCACAGAGAGACUGUGGUAAUUCCACACAAACAGCGGCGAGACUCGGGAUCGAAUCCGAGUCCCCGCAGGUGUGAGGCGACGGCUCCGCGCGGUGGCUGUUCCGCAUUCACUGCCUGGAGUGGAGUCGCAGUUGAUCUCUCGGCAGACGCGCUGCUUGGCACCGGCCGCCAAUGGACGGGAAACCCUUGCGUCUGAUCGCCGCCGCCGACGCGGAGCUGGGGAUCGGUCUGGGUGGGCACCUGCCCUGGCAUCUGCCGAACGAGUUCAACUGGUUCGUAUCCCGGAUCACUGCCGUUUCCGAGCCAGGCAAGAAGAACAUGCUGAUCUGGGGUAGAUACAGUGCGGUCAAUCCCUCCCAGCCCCUGCCAAACUGCUACCGUGUCUGCUUAAGUAGGACCUUGCGCUGUGUGCCUCCUGGUGCGGACCACGUCUGCCGAGAUUUUGCCAGUGCCAUCCAACUCGCCUCCCUCCCUCCCCUGAGUGACACCAUUGAAAUCGUCUGGGUCCUUGGCGGGACACACGUCUAUCAGGAAGCCUUGAAACAUCCAAACUGUGAGCAGAUUUAUCUGACCAACAUCAUGGCUUGCUUCAAUUGCGACACUUUCUUCCCAGAAUUUGACCAGAAGAUCUUCCGGUUGCUGGAUGAGUUUCCUGGAAUUCCAGGUGAGAUUCUGGAAGAAAAUGGCAUCAAAUAUAAAUUUCAAGUCUUUCAGAAGGUUUCCCGCCGGCAAAUCUGAGCCGAGAGAACUGCGUACCUGUGUCAGAUUGGAGCAGUUCUUGUAGACACCAGAGAUUCUUCAGAUGUUGGAAAUUAGGAGGAAUACACACAAUGUGCUGGAGAAACUCAGCGGGUCAGGCAGCAUAUAUGACAAGUGACAUUUCUGUUCAAGACACUUCAUCAGGCCUGGAAAAAAAGAGGGAAGGUAGCUGGUCUAAAAGAUGGUGGGGGGGAGGCGGGUUAGAGCAAGAGCAAGUGGUGAUGGGUGAAUCCAUGUGAGGGAGGAGAGAGUGGGAAUGGUGUUUCUUGUGUUGGAUCACACACUUUCUGGAUGUGAAGACCAGACAGAUUCUGACUACGUGAAUGACUAAUUUUAAACUUCUGUUAGCCAAACUGUAUUGGUUUCUACAUUUCAGCUGUGUGGAGGGGCGGGAACCUGCUGCGUGGCCUACAGGUUGCUCUCCAUAUCAUACUGCCCUGACUGAUGGCACUACACCAACAACGUAGGAAGCUACGACGCAACAUCCAUUGUUGACCCUGACCUUGGAGCCAAAAAGAUUUACAGUAUCACUGAUUAUACCUCUAGUUGCCCACUAGCCAUGCAAUCAUUUUGUCUAUCUGAUGAAAAUUUGUCAAAAACCUGCAGUCCAAUGUUGGCCAUACCUGUCACACCUCUGCAUUCCCUGGAUAUCCAGACUGUUUGGUCUACAACCCAUGUGUUUGCUGGCAAAAAAAAGAUUCCUCCUUGGAUACAUCUGACUUUUUCUGAAAUAAAGUGAGAAAAUAUUGGAAA